CUGACUUGUGAGCAUCCCCUCUUUUGCUGUGACACGGUUAGCCUUUCGGAACGCGACUUGCACUCUACCUGUCACUCUUGCUCACCGCUAUGAGAACGAUGCCAGGGCUGGUCUAACGCAGCGGUGUCGUGCAUCGACUGCAGGAUCAGCACUAAGAAAUGGUAUGGUAUCGUUCACUCACUGACAUGUGCUAGAUGUCACAAUGCUGAAAGCCUGUCAGAAUCGCGUCCGCUCUGCGUCAAUGACACCGACCAUAAACCGCAAGUGAUUUGGCGACCACUUUCCGCAUUGAGUUGCAUGGUCGAGUUCCCUCUCGACGUUAGGUUCCCAACACAUCCAAGACUUUUGCUGGUCACCGUAGGAGACGUGGAGACAGUCUCUCAUAACGACACAGUCCACAAGGCUACUAUCCGACUCACGAGCCCUAUCCGUUCACCUGUCAUCUGAAGAUGUGUCGAGCGGUUUGGGUGGUCACCACAUUGCUAUGGCGAAGUUGUGCAGCUCUGGCUUUGAAAGUCCCGAAGAGCUCUUCUUAUUGUACUCUGGAUUACACACAGAUCAAGCCACGAGCACUUCAAGGCUCGAUAGCAGAAUACGGAGAGUUCGUACGUGAGCUGGGGCGUGGCUCGUCAGGCACCGUAUCUGCUUAUCGUCGGAAAGCAGACAAUAAGACAGUGGCCAUCAAGGACUACACUUUACACUCAUGUGCCGAGGUCGAUAUCCACGAGAUAAAGCUAGAAUACUUUCUUGGGACUCUGGUGUCGACGAUACCUGUAGUCACAUCCACCCUGGACUUACUUCACCAGCCUUCAACAUGCCGAUGGUAUCUCGUAACAGAAUUCGCAACGCAUAGCCUGGCAAAUUGUCGCACCAUACUGAGCAAGCAGAAGCUCGCAGAAAUUCUACUUGGGCUUGAGGAAGGCAUCUACAUUAUGCACGGCUUGGGUGUCUCCCACGGCGACAUCAAGCUCGAGAACGUGCUCCUGACAAUGAACUACGAACCUGUAUUGAUCGACUUCGGAAGUGCGACCUUCCAUGACUGCCAGGUUGAUUCUAUCGAGGCGAACACCAAUGUCGCACCUGGUGAUUAUGGCACAGCAGCAUACCUGCCGCCUGAAGUGUUCCUGAGUCUGGACUAUGAUAGGAAGAAGGCAGACUUCUGGGCUUUGGGCGUGUUGGCAUAUGUUCUUUUCACAGGAACCAUGCCCUGGGGACUUGCGAGUCUAAGAGAUGCUAGGUGGCGGAACUAUCUCGGUGUUGAGAUUCCAGGCGACGAUACUUGUGUGGCUCUUGAGUCAAAGCCAGUACUGCGUUUCUGUUCAUCCAGCAUGGCACACAUGGUACACGAGAUCCCUGUGAACAUACAGGAAGCGGUCGCAGCCUGGCUCAGCAACGAUCCGACAUUUCCCUCUUAUAGUCAACAACUUGAUGCCGAAGAUCGAAGGUCGACGUCGUCAACGUUGCGGCUUGAUGACGCCGCGCGAUGUCGAUACGAGGAUUACCGGUGUCAUCGGCCGAAAAUAUAAGCUCAGUAGGCAGACGCCAAGCAGUGGUAUGUGUAUAUUUUGUACUUCGCUCUCAUGAUGUUCAUCGGCUUUUGGGUCAUUACUCUUUUACAUCGCAUCUCUCGCUGUGGAUAGAUGGUUCUCAAUGCGGCGGAUCGCCACUCUGGAAUACUGCGGUAGGGUUUCUAUUGCAAACACCCGGACUAUGGAGUCCACGA